UCUGGCCGAAUCAGCAAUCAGUUCAGUUCAGUUUAACUUGUUAUGAGAAGAGGAGUUAUCGUUUGUGUCUAAAACUUUAUUUGCGUAUUCGAUUACGACACGUAAAAAAUUUUUCCUUUCGAUUUUAAAUUAAAAUAUAAAUGUGACUGCCAAUUGCGGAUGUAUAACCAAUAAAACUGUUUAGUGGAAGUGUAAUAAGUGUAUCAAAAUGCUUAAACUUUUGAUUUGUGGAUUUAUUGUAUUUCUUCUCACGAACAUAACUGAUGCGCUAAGAGGUCAUUGUAAGCAACAAGAGGAUCUACUGCAAAGGUGUUCAAUGGCGUUACCGGUGCUCAGUUCAAGAGAAAUAUCCUUCGCUCUCACUCAAGAUGAACUGGACAAAAGUUGCGUUGAACUGCGUUCCGGUAUAAAAUGCAUAGACAACUACACAAAAGUGUGUAUGGAGAAACACGAGCAAGUGGUCUUUAGGAGAAUUUACUCGGGCGUCACAGAUGUAGUACAAGAUUUGUGUACUAGAGGGAUGUAUCAAGACGAAUAUUUGAAGCAUGCAAAUUGUGUUAAAAACGUUAGACCAGAUUACGAGCAAUGUAGUAAGAAGUACGAAGUCACUCUCACUACGUUGAGUAAUCAUCAGAAAAAUGAGCAAUAUCAGACGGAUGACGCCGUUGAAACCAACCAAGAAGAUUAUUUAAGGACAGUUUGCUGUUCUUUCCAAGAAUACCUGUUAUGUUCUGAGCAGACUGUUCAGAGGUCUUGUGGAGAUGAGGCCGCCUUAUUCACCAGUGCAUUCUUGAAGCGUAUGGCAUCCAACAUUAUAAAGAACUUCUGUUUGGAGUACCGAGGGCACGAAUGCGGGCUCCCCGAUAGCGCUGGUGAUGUAGGGAAUGGUAUUGUGAUUGUAUCCGUUGCAGUUGCUUCGAAUCUACUCGUUUAUAUGAUGGCUUCGUGGGGGUUGACGUAAUUAAAAGAAAAACAAAGCUAAUUGAAGUGUUGCCAACAUAAAAAAAAACUUAAUAAUCGUUCCAGAAGUUUGUUGAGUGAUGCAAUGUGCGUUGAACUGUAAAUAAUGAAUGUUGGUUACGGUUCCUUUGCUAAGAUUUAGUUCAAUUAUUUUUCAGUUGCAUGUUGAUUUAUUUGUUGUAGGUAUGAUUUUUUAAUGUAUUACGUAGUCAUGUUAGCCAAAAUAUUGUUAUGGGAUACCA